AGCAUCAUCAUCAGCCAUGUACUUGGUGGCAGUGACUUGGGACAGUGGUUGUAGUAAUCAGGAGGCUGGCUCUCCCAUUGGCUUCUGUGUGACUUGGAACAAAUCUCAUUUACUCUCCGGUUUUCCCAUUGAUGUUGUGGUGAGACCCCUGCCCAGACCACUCAUAGUGGAUUGCGGUGCUUAACAAGUUGGUGCUCUCUGCAGAGUGCUUUGAGCACUUCUGAGAGUGAGAGAUUCUGUAUUAUACAGCUCAACCUUCUCGCUUCUCAAACUCUGUCUCAGGAACAGACCGAAUUCAGCUUUGGUGGCAGUGAUUAGCACACUUGUUUAAGGAACUGAAAGGAGUAGCUUAUCCAUCGAUCUUGUUCUGUUUGUCUGGGUUUUGUUUUUUAUUAGUUUUCCCCUUUCAGUGGCAAGACAGAAAUAGCGAUGACAAUUGUAGAAAGUUAAGCAGAGGUCCCGGGGGAUAGUGGAAUAAACACUCGGUGAGCGCUAGCUAACCUUAGGCUGAUACCAACCCUAAAUUUGUGUGAUCUCAGACAUGUUACUUAGCUUCCUGGUGCCUUAAUUUUCUUCAAAUAUGAACUGAUGCUGGUGGAAUGACUGACUUGUCUGUCUGCCUCGGUGACUAUGAUGUCAGGGCUUAUAAAAACUUUAUUUGCUCUAGAUCAGGGGUUCUUAACAUCUGUGUCCCAUGUAUCUCUUGGCCAUCUAAUGAAUCAUGAGGACCCCUUCGGAGAAUCAUGUUUUUUUAAACGCAUAAGCAGAAUUACAGAUGACACGGAAACAGUAAAAUGUUAAACAAUUGUGAUAGUCAUUUACAUGCUUCUUUAUGACGCAUUAAAUAGCAAAAAGUAGCUACAGGUCUAACAAUACUAUAAUUUUGAAAUAGUGAUGAGUGUAAAUACUCCGUGGCCGUAUCUGCAGGGGCUGUAUGUGAUGUGAAAGUGUCUGUGGUUUCUCUUGGUGUCGCAGUCACAGGACAGCUGAUACUACCGCCAGUUGUCACCUAUGUCCACAAGUGAGGGCAGUGCUAACUUUUACUCCGAGGUUAGGGACUGGGAAGAUGGAAGUUCCCCAGCAAGUUCACAGUUGCCCUCCUCCCUCCCUGGCCUCUCCACAGACCCCUGGGGAGGCAGUAGAUCCUAGAUUAAGAAUUCCUGCUCUAGACCAACUGAUUUUCAAAAGUCAAAUGAUCUUAUGGCCACUUGCAUUCUAAGCUUUGCAGUAUUUUCUCAGCAUCUCCGCCAUGCUAAGAGCAAGGGCAUAGAGGAGAUAGAAAAUAAAAGGCCAUUUUGCAGCCAGUGGUGACUGUUCUUGGUUGUGGAGAAAGUGAAAAACAAUGAUUAGAAAGAGGCUUUUGCUUCUGCUGGAUUCUGCUGUUUGUAAACUCCCCAAGUCUUCGUUGUGAUGGACUUGGGCUGUGUGCUCCAGCUUACCUUGACUGAACGUGGGACUAACCGGCGUCACUCCACGUUGACCUAGAACUUCCCAUCUGCGUGGGAAGCAGAGCCCGCUCUUGGGAAGCUCCUGUGCCCCGAUGUAGAAGAGAAAGCGGGUUGGCCAUCUUGGAAGGUGAGGGUCACCUUUGAGCCAGGGGUUCCUGGGCUCCUCUGACUUCUCACCUCCAGGAUGAGCACUGCCGUGUCGUGACCCUGGGGGUUUGGUGUGCCCUGGAGAUGCGAGAUUUCCCUUUGGCGGCAGGAGGCACACACCCAGAGGAUGCUGGAGCUGCGAGGGGAAAGGACCCACUUCCACAGCGGAGGAAAACAAAGAGGAAAAAGGCACCGAGGCGGCCAGCGCUGAGGGGCGCCCCCUGCUCGCAGUGGGCCUCUGCCACUGCCCUGCGCAGCCGUUCCUGCUGCCGCCCGAGAGGAACUCGGGGAGCCCGUCCUGCCUGUGACUGCAAGCUCAGGAUUUCAAUCAAUGCAUUCCAGUAA